AUGCUCCAAAACGUAGACCAGGCCUUCUACUGUGGCCUACUGUGCCAAGCAGAUGCUCAAUGCCCAAGUGGAGCCUCAUGUCGAAAGGUCGGAACGCAGAAUGUCGGACUGUGUAUCCACCCUUUGUCCUUCUCAGAUUGGGCACGCUUGUCCUCACGGAUGAAGCUCAGCAUAGGCUGGGUUUGCUGGGUGUACGGAUGGGGAGCAGAUGACCAGAUUAUUGUGCUACCUUAG